CGGAGGCGGGAGAGUAAGGGAAAAGCUGGAAGACGAGGAUGUUUCCUUGGUAAGAGAAAGGAUUUUUGCACAAUGGCAGUUUUUGAUACUCCUGAGGAGGCCUUUGGUGUCUUACGUCCAGUCUGUGUUCAGCUCACAAAGACCCAAACAGUGGAGAACGUGGAACAUCUGCAAACACAGUUACAAGCUGUGAGUGACUCUGCCCUUCAGGAACUUCAGCAGUAUAUCCUCUUCCCCUUGCGAUUUACCCUAAAGACUCCAGGCCCUAAAAGAGAGUGUUUGAUCCAAAGCGUGGUAGAGUGUCUCACGUUCAUCCUGUCUUCAACAUGUGUGAAGGAGCAAGAGCUUCUUCAGGAACUCUUCUCAGAACUCUCUGCCUGUCUGUAUUCGCCCAACGCCAAAAAACCUGCAGCUGUGUCUGAGGAGUUAAAAUUGGCUGUGAUCCAGGGACUUAACACCUUAAUGCACUCAGCUUAUGGGGACAUCAUUCUGACCUUUUAUGAGCCCUCCAUUCUGCCUCGUUUAGGAUUUGCGGUAUCUUUACUGUUAGGCUUGGCAGAACAGGAAAAAUCAAAGCAAAUUAAACUUGCUGCCCUACAGUGUUUACAGGUUCUACUCUUUCAAUGUGAUUGUCAAGACCAUCCAAGGUCCUUAGAUGAGCCUGAACAACAGCAGCUGGGGGAUUUGUUUGCUUCUUUUUUACCUGGAAUCUCAACUGCACUGACAAGGGUUAUCACAGGAGAUUUUAAACAAGGUCACAAUGUUGUCAUAUCUUCCCUAAAGAUCUUUUACAAGACAGUGAGCUUCAUUAUGGCUGAUGAACAGCUCAGGAGAAUCUCAAAGGUCCAAGCAAAGCCUGAGGUUAAGCAUAGAGUUGCAGAGCUAAUGGUUCACAGGGAAGCAGAUUGGGUAAAAAAUACCAGCGAUAAGUUGGCGAUCCUUAUUAGAAAGAUAAUAGAGUGUGUUUCAGUUCACCCACAUUGGAAGGUGAGACUGGAACUAGUAGAACUUGUGGAGACCCUUCUUUUGAAGUGCAGUCAGUCCCUGGUUGAAUCUGCUGGUCCCCUACUGAAGGCUUUGGUAGGCCUAGCAAAUGAUGAGAGCCCUGAAGUGAAGGCCCAAUGCAAUAAGGUCCUAAGACACUUUGCAAAUCAGAAAGUAGUUGUGGGCAACAGAGCCUUUGCUGACAUCUUAUCAGAGAGCCUGCAUUCCCUUACCACAUCUCUUCCCCGCCUCAUGAACUCCCAAGAUGAUCAGGGCAGAUUUUCUACUCUGUCCUUGUUAGUCGGGUAUCUGAAACUCUUGGGCCCAAAAGUAAACUUUGUUCUCAACUCUGUGGCCCAUCUCCAACGCCUUUCCAGAGCACUCAUCCAAGUUCUAGAAUUAGAUGUGGCUGAUGUGAAAAUCGUGGAAGAGCGGCGCUGGAACUCUGAUGAGCUGAGUGCUUCUCCAAAGGCUUCAGCUACACGGCCGUGGAACCAAGUCCAGAGGAGAUACUUCCGCUUCUUCACCGAUGAGAGAGUUUUCCUGCUCUUGAGGCAGGUUUGCCAGCUCCUUGGUUAUUAUGGGAACCUUUAUUUGCUUGUGGAUCACUUUAUGGGACUGUACCAUGAAUCCAUGGUUUACCGGAAGCAGGCUGCCAUGAUCCUUAAUGAACUGAUUACAGGGGCUGCUGGGUUGGAGGUGGAAGAUCUUCAUGAGAAAUAUACUGAAAGAAGCCCAGAGGAACUGAGAGAGGUUGUGGCAUCUAUACUGGAAGAAUACACAAGCCAGGAAAACUGGUAUUUGGUUACCUGUAUUGAAGCUGAGGAGGGAGAAGAACUAAUGAUGAAGCAGUCAGGCCUCCAGGCCAUCACCUCUGCUACACAUACCUGCCAAGUUAUGUCUUUUCCAGCCUUCUCAAAGCCAAGUCCCACUAUUUGCUCAAUGAACAGCAACAUCUGGCAAAUAUGCAUCCAGUUGGAAGGGAUCGGCCAGUUUGCAUAUGCACUAGGAAAAGACUUUCGUUUGCUCUUGAUGUCAGCCCUCUAUCCAGUAUUGGAGAAAGCUGGAGACCAAACCCUGCUCAUUAGUCAGGUGGCUACCAGCACCAUGGUAGACUUUUGCCAUGCUUGUGGGUAUGACUCCCUGCAGCAACUCAUCAAUCAAAAUUCAGACUAUUUGGUGAAUGGCAUCUCUUUAAAUCUGCGUCAUCUAGCUCUGCACCCUCAUACCCCCAAGGUCUUAGAAGUCAUGCUGCGAAAUUCAGAUGCCAGCCUACUUCCUUUGGUGGCAGAUGUGAUUCAAGAUGUUUUGGCUACCCUGGACCAAUUUUAUGAUAAGAGAGCUGCUUCCUUUGUCAGUGUUCUGCAUGCCUUGUUGGCAGCAUUAGCCCAGUGGUUCCCAGACAUUGGGCAACUCCAAGAGCAAGGUUUAGAGAAAGAGGGAAUUCAUUCGCACCACACAUCAGCACUUCUUGAGACUAGUACUUCGGCUGAAGACAUUGAACGGUUCGUGCAGAGCUACCUCAGGGAGAAGGACAUCGCUGAAGGUAGCAUCUUGGAUUUCGACAAUGAAGAAGAGCUGUCAGUCCCUCUCAAAAUGGACGAGAAUGACGCCGGUCCAGAUGUGGAGCCACCAAUGCCAGUGCAGAUCCAAAUAGCCAAGGAUGUGAUGGAACGCUGCGUCCACUUGUUGUCAGAUAAAAAUCUGACAAUCCGCCUGAAGGUCUUAGAUGUGCUGGGCUUGUGUGUGGUGGUUCUACAGUCCCACAAGAACCAGCUUCUUCCCUUGGCUCAUCAGGCCUGGCCCUCACUCGUGCACCGACUCACAAAUGAUGACCCCCUGGCAGUGCUCAGAGCCUUCAAGGUUUUGCAGAUGCUGGGAGGCAAGUGUGGUGAUUUUCUACGGAGCCGGUUCUGCAAAGAUGUCCUGCCAAAACUGGCUGGCUCCUUAGCCACCCAGGCCCCUAUCAGCGCCAGGGCCGGACCAGUUUACUCACACACGCUGGCCUUCAAGUUGCAGCUGGCCGUCUUGCAGGGUCUGGGCCCCCUCUGUGAGAGCCUUGAUUUAGGUGAGGGUGACCUGAAUAAAGUGGCUGAUGCCUGCUUGAUUUACCUCAGCACCAAACAGCCCAUGAAAUUACAGGAGGCUGCCAGGAGUGUCUUCCUCCACUUGAUGAAAGUAGACCCGGAUGCCACCUGGCUCCUCCUGAACCAGCUAUAUUGCCCUCUGCAAUUCAUACCUCCCCACCCCAGCCUCCACCCCGUGCAGCUGCAGGGGGCCACUGUGCAGCAGAACCCCUACACCACCAAUGUACUCCGCCUGCUGCAGGAACUACAGUAUCCCUCGAAGGCAGGCUCUGCCACCUGGAAGGAGCCACCUCCCUUCCCUGCCAGCCAGAAGCUGGGCUGAGCCAGCUCUGCCAACACCAGGGCAGCAACGCAGAAAAGAUGGUGAAGGUGGAACAGACAGCCGAUCGAUGUGUAAAUUGAUCAGUCAGACAACUGCUUAGAAAUUGGAUUGAAGGAAAGUAGCUGACUGUUAUUUAUAUUUCACAUCUCGUGUUUUUAAAUGACAUUAUCUGGGGGCUCUGGGAGUUUAACUCAGUCUGUGUCACCACAGCCCCAUCUGCCCACCGACCACAUGCACACGUGCACACCUGAGUGCUUAAGGGUCAUGGGUGAACAAGGGCCGAGUUUAAGUGUCACACAUCUAAGAACCUUGAGAGGGCAGCCCUGCCAUCACACACACCCCCCUCUCAAUCAGAUGGAACUAAUUUGUUGUACCUAAAUUGUUCUUCCAAAGGAUAUGAAGUAAAGGCACCUCUUGGAUGAGAAGUAUGAUCAAGAGCUCACUCUGAAGUUUGUUAUUUAAAUUGGAUGAUUUUUUUUUAAAUGAGUUUAUGGGUAAUACAGAACCAUGGUAUAAAAUCCAAACAGUACAAAACAGAAAACAGUAAAAAAUAAGUCUCCCCACCUCAUUUCCAAGCCAUCUGGUUUCUCUUCCCAAAGGCAACCACUCAACAACUUUUUGGAUAUCUUUUAAGUAGGAAAUUGAUUUCUUAAUUUUUAGUAUGGCUAAUCACGGAAGGAAGCCCAUGUGAGGGGUGGGGAGUGUAGCUCAGAGGUAAAGUGUUUGCCUGGCGUGCUCCAGGACCUGGGUUCAGCAAUACACACAAAGUCCAUGCACCUGUGGUCAGUCUUGCUUCAUGCAUAGCCCUGCCCAUUUAGCCAGCCCCACAAUCCCCCAGGUUAACUUCAAG